UGUGAAGAAAAUAUAGAAAAAUGGCUGGUCGAAUAUUUUCGAAACGAGUUUUAGGGUCUUUACAGAGCCAUUCAUGCUACAGACACGCAGCAAAGACAUCAAAACAAAGUAAAAGGUCAUGUUCCUUCCAUCCAAUCGACGAUGACAUGUUCGGACUGACUGAAGAACAAAAGCAGUUGCGCCAAAUAGCUUUCAACUUUGCACAGAAAGAACUUGCACCAAAAGCAUACGAGAUAGACAAAACAAAUACAUUUGCUGAUAUCAAGGACUUUUGGAAAAAAUGUGGAGAAAUGGGAUUUCUGGGUAUGACUGCUCCAGCCAAAUAUGGUGGCUCAGAAUGCGGCUAUAUGGAACAUGUAAUAGUCAUGGAGGAAAUGUCAAGGGCAUCUGCAGCAAUCGCCCUUAGUUACGGAGCUCACUCCAACCUCUGUGUAAACCAGAUUGUCAGGAAUGGAUCAGAUGCACAAAGAGAUAAAUAUUUACCUAAGUUAAUAUCUGGUGAACAUAUUGGAGCCCUGGCUAUGAGUGAAGCAGGAAGUGGAUCAGAUGUUGUCAGUAUGAGACUCAAGGCAGAGGCACAGGGAGACAGUUAUGUGUUAAACGGGACAAAGUUCUGGAUCACAAAUGGUCCUGAUGCUGAUGUGUUAGUAGUCUAUGCUAAAACUGAACCUGACAAAGCACAACAUGGUAUAACUGCUUUCCUCAUAGAAAAGGGUUUUCCUGGUUUUUCUGCCUCCCCAAAGUUAGAUAAACUUGGAAUGAGAGGUUCCAAUACUGCAGAGUUGGUGUUUGAAAACUGUGUCGUCCCAGCGGAGAAUGUGAUGAGUAAACUGAACAAUGGGGUCUAUGUGUUAAUGAGUGGUCUCGACUAUGAGAGGCUUGUCCUAGCUGCAGGCCCUGUAGGUAUAAUGCAAGCAUGUUGUGAUGUGACAUUUGACUAUGUUCAUCAGAGAGAACAGUUUGGAAAGAAAAUAGGAACAUUUCAGCUUAUGCAGGGCAAAAUAGCUGACAUGUAUACCAAGCUGAAUGCAACAAGGUCAUACGUCUACAAUGUAGCAAGAGCAUUGGACAAUGGCAAUAGAGUUCCAAAGGACUGUGCAGGUGUCAUACUUUAUGCAGCUGAGGCAGCUACACAGCUAGCUCUGGAUUCCAUACAAAUGUUAGGAGGAAAUGGUUACAUAAAUGAUUACCCAACUGGGCGACUGUUACGUGAUGCAAAACUUUACGAGAUAGGAGCAGGUACCAGUGAAGUACGGAGGCUUCUGAUUGGUCGAGCUAUCAAUGCAGAAUAUAAAUAACCAAUGGGAACUUUAGUUUAUAAAUCGAAAUGCUUCAACCAUUUAACCUCACAACAGUAGAGAGUAGGCACUGGUGUCUUUCUGAUGAACCCUAUAGUUGUUGUGAAAAUCAAUCAUACUAGCGGGGUCAGAUGUCCUUUUUUUGUUCGGCUUUUUCAGGAAAGCAACAAACUUGGCACAGUUGUAGAAUCAUAUGAUCUGAGUAAAAAAUGAUUUCAGGGCAAGUGAUUUGGGGUGGUCUUCAUGGAGUUUUUAGCCUCUGACCCCCGCCCCUACCAGACUGGGAGGGGUAUAUUGUUAAAAUUAAAUAAAAAUGGUUUUAAAGUAUUUUUCUUUAAAUGACUUCAUUUGGUGAUUGCUUUGAGCCUUGAAAUUGUGUAAAACCCAAUUGAGAAGUUGUCUGUAGCAAGAAAAACUCAUUUUAACCCAAUUAUCUAAGAAUAAUUCGUUGUUUAAAGGGCCAAAUACGGAACAUCCAGUACUGUAUUUCAAGAAUGUGAUGUCUGAUAGUCCUGAAAAAAUUCAUAGUAGUAGAGGUUUAAGUGUUUAUCACAGAUAGAAAAUAUACCACGGGUGGCUCAUGUAUUUUUUGAGAAAAAAAUUCUCGAAAUUUCAAUUUUUAAGUGCAUGCAGCUCAGGGGUAACCUUAUUUUACCUUAAUAAUUUUCAAAGUACAAGACGUAUGCAUCUCAAAUGAGCUUUAAAGGGUUUUUUAAUCUUCUUUUGUCAUAUACUAUUUCUAGGGAAUGUAAAAAAUGUUUGGAAACUUGAAAAAUGAUAUUUUCAUAUUAUCUGUUUUGAUUUUACCGUAAUAAUUUAAAUAAAGAUAUGUCACACUUGUUAGUUGUUACUCAAACGAGCUCAAAAUAUUGAUUAUUAUAGUCAAGUUUUGCCAUUUAUUCCUUCUGAAAUAAGAAAUAAUGAUUAAAAAAAUUAUAAAAAAUCUCAACAUCCAUUUAUUUAUUUAUAUAAAGAAUCACAACAUCCAUUUAUUCCUUUUUAGUACCAGUAGCUCAAUACUGUACUAUAGUUUUAUCGAGCUCUUUUCUAAGAUUUGAAAAUGUUUGACAGUCCAGUUUAUACUGAGUAGUAGCAUUGUUAAGAUUCUGUGUAUAAUCAUUUAAAAAUAUAAUCCAAAUCCAUAAAACAUAAUCAAAACAGGUCAGGAUUUAUAGAUUCUGACAGUCUCCCCUACGGCUACAUAGCCCAGAGCAAAUGAGAUGAUUUCAAACAUUUGCAUAUGUUCCCUCAACACAGAUAUCCGCCUCAUAGGACCUACAUUUUCAUAUGUUGUGGCCUCAGUAUCAGCAGUGGGAGUAGUCCAACCACAUUCAUGUGGUGAUAGAAACUGUGGGUUAGAAUGCAUCAGAAUAACAAAUGACUACAACUGCAAUGUUUCUAAAAAAAAAGAUUCAAAGUUUAAAAACAACUGCAAUAGCUCUGGGUAUACACCUUCCAUUCCUUCAAAUCAGAUGAUUUAGAGAAGUAGUAGAAUGCAAAGGUGACAUAUCAAAUCCAGUGAUUGCAUGAAAAAUUGGGAGGGCUAAACUUUGGUCAUGGCCAAGUGGUCUUGUAAUAUUGUGGGCAGGUAGGUAUUGGAAGGAUUUCCCCUUACCAUAUGCAAUCCAAAAUGACAUUUUCAGAUAAACCACAUCAAAAUCAACUGUUAGGCAAUGAUUGAAGCAGUCUCUGGUAUGGAGAAAUAUCCUUGAUGGCACCUAAGACAUUGCAUUACUUGGUCACUAUCAUCUUGCCAUGUUCUUGAGGGUUUCAGUGUUGAUGCCUGGAAGGAGGACAGCUCCCUCUUGUUCCCACUACAUCUUGGAUUGCAUUUGGUAAAAGAAAAUCCAUUCAAUAACUAUCUGUGCAUGAUAUUGCAAGAUCAAUUGGCCAUGACCAAAGUUUAGUCCUCCCCAUUUUUCAUUCAAUCAUUCUAUGCGAUGUCACAUCUGCAUUUAACUACUACUCUUAAUCAUCUGAUUUGGAGGAAUGGAAGGUGUACCCAGAGGUGAUGCAAGUGUUCUUAAACCUAAUAUCUUUAUAUAAUACUUCAUUGAUUUAUCAUUUUAUAUCUCAGUAUGAAUAUAUGAACAUAUGAAUAUGACAAAAUGCCAUUUUGAGCUUAUUUGAGUUGCAAAUGUGACAUAUCUUGAAAAUUAUUAUGGUAAAAUGAGGCCACCUAUAACCAGUCAAAAGCUAAAUCAAAAUCUGAUCAUUUUUUCCACCUCCUUAGAAAUGUUAUGACGAAACAGAUUAUAUACACCAUUUCAAGCUCAUUUGAGAUGCAUAUAUGUAACAUACAUUGAAAAUUAUUAUCUUAAGUAUGGUUACCCCUGGGCUGUCAAAACAUCAAAUAUAAAAUUUAGAUUUUUAGAUAUUAGAUAUUUAGAAAUGUUAAAUUAUGUUUUUAUCAUUAGGGGAAAUAUGAUAACAAGACUUCUGGUAUAUGAACCACUUUGAGCUCAUUUUAGAUGCAUAUGUAAUACAUUGCAAAUUAUUAUGUUAAAAAUAUGGUCAAAUAGAAAAUUCAGAUUUUUAAGAAAUGUCCAGUAAUUUUCUACAUCUUAUUUGUUUUAUGACAAAACAAGACUAGAUGCAUCAUUUUGAGCUCAUUUGAGAUGGAUAUAUUACAUAUUUUGAAAAUUAUUAAGGUACAAUAUGGUUACCCCUGGCCAUUCAGAAUCGAAAAUGAAAAUUUGAAUUUUUUUUUAAUUCCAAUCUUUUUUGUACAUCUAAUUAGCAAUAAUAUGACAAAACAAGACUAGAAGCACCAUUCUGAGCUCAUAUGAGAUGCAUACAUU